AUUACUUACACCGCUUGGACCAGUUUGCGUGUUAACGAGACAUAAAGUCCACAGAGGAGACGUCUUCUCACCGAGUUACAAAUACCUGCUGUCCGCGAUUUUCUUUGUGCAUUGCCAACACAUAAUCAUUUCCGUAUUCCGAACAUUAACACACCGUGGCUCCCAGCCGACUCGCCCUUGUAUCCAGUACUCUUGAGAAAGCAAAGCCGGUUGCUCUCGCAGCAGAGGGCUCACAUGUAGCGAUUAAUAUAUUGCCCGAAGGGAUUGGGGCGAGCCCAAACGGAGUGACUCCAGGCGCAAAUGGCUCUAGUGUGCCAGCGAUAGGUUCGUCACCGCUGUUCAUCGUACGUGACUUAGAUGAGACUCUUCAGCAGCAACAAUAAGAGCAGCUUGAAUAACGACGUCGAGCGAAUCUUGAAGGAGAACAGCGUGGCGACCAUACCAGAGUCGUCGGGACUUGCCGGAAAGCUACUUCACCUCACACGUCGUGGCAAGCAACUCAGUGGCAAGUCGGGGGGAAGCAACAUCAGCGACGCGCCGGAGGCUCGGCGAGUGAAGAAAGCGGCCUUUCUGCUGGCGGUCCGGCGGGACCGCAAGGUGGUGCUGGUGCCGCUGCUGCUGCUGGUGCUGUGCACGGGGCUGGCGCUUUGGGGCGUGUUUGCGUCGGCGAACUCGGAGAAGCGUGCGCGGCUGAAGAACGCACAGAACCGAGCAGAUGACAAGGCGCAAAGCAUCGAGUCGGAGCUGCGGGCGUGCUACCUGCCCGUCAAGGUGAUGCAGUCGUUCGUGACCCGCUACCCCGACUUCCCCACGCUCAACGCCACCUUCGCCAGCCUGACGGAGGAGCUGCUGACGCUGACGGCCGCCGGGUCCAUCGCCAACAUGCAGCUGGCGCCGCUGGGCGUGGUCAGCGCCGUGCAGCCGCUCAAGGGCAACGAGCGGGCUAUUGGCCACGACCUGCUGGCUGACCCCAAGAACCGUGACGUGGCCAUGCUCACCAUCGCCAACCACAGCCUCACGCUGGCGGGGCCGUACAUGCUGUUGCAGGGCUACAUGGGCGCUCCGGCUCGCUUCCCCAUCUACGUGCACGACGUGGGUCCCGACGAGACGUUCGGCAUGCCGCAUGACGCCUCCAACUGCUCCGUGUGCUACGACCCAGCCACACGCACCAAGUUCUGGGGCUUCGCCACGGUCAUGAUUGACUGGGACAAGUUCGUGUACGGCAUCGUGCGCAUUGACGAGCUGGUGGGCCAGGGGCUGCGCUACCGGCUGUGGCGGCAGGACGACACGACACCGGGGGAGCAGUACAUCCUGGCAGGGCAGCCGGAGGCCCUGUCCGACCCCGUCGUCGCGCGCAUCGAGGUGCCCAACAACGUGUGGGUGCUGGAGGUGCAGGACUCCCGCAGCUGGACACCCGGAUACCUGUGGCCCAUCGUGGCCAUGGUGGUGGUGAUGUCGCUGGUGCUGGCGGUGCUGGUGGGCAUGGCGCUGGUGCAGCGGGCGCAGCAGAAGCUGCUGCUGCGGGAGGUGCUGUCCGCCAACGAGAAGCUGGAGGACGCUGCCAAGGCGCUGCUGUGCGAGAAGGAGCGCAUGGAGGCGCUGCUGGGCCGCCAGUUCGACCUCAUCGAGUGCCUGGGCGGGGACCCGCGCGCCGCGGAGGGAGGCGGCAUGCCGCUGGACAAGCUGCCAAACACGCCCGCGGACAAAAUUGAGCGCAUGCGCGCCAAGCUGCUGAACGGGCUGCGGCCCAGCAACAGCAGCAACAUGUCCUCGCGACGCAGCCUGCACAUGGCGCCGGGCGGCGGCGGCGGCGGCGGCGCGGGCGGCGGCGCGGCGGCCGGCGAUGCGCGUGUCAGUGCGGAGCUGGAGCUCAAAGAGAUGAUCGGGGAGGGCACCUUUGGCAAGGUGUACCGAGGCCUGUGGCGGGGGACGGAGGUGGCGAUCAAGACCAUCAUCCUGCCCACCAACAUGAGCGGCAAGGAGAAGCGCGAGCGCAUGGCGGUCAUGGAGGCGGCCAUCAGCAGCUCGCUGGCGCACCCCAACGUGGUCGCAACCUACACCUACCAAAUCAAGCCGCUCAAGGACUCCUCGGGGUGCAGCGCCAAGCCGUCGGAGGACAUCACCGCCUCGGCCAUCGUCGUGGGCGGAGCCCACGCAACCACGGCCGUGCUCACGGGCAGCGGGUAUCAGCACGCCGUCGGCAGCGGCGCCAGCAGAGGCAGUGGCGGCGGCGGCGGCGGAGGUGGAGGCCCUGCUCAGCGGCGGCCGCGGCCGGGUGCGGCGGACCCUCUGGCGCCCUUCAAGGAGGACGCGGACGAGGCGGCCACACGGGGCGUGCACAGCUACGAGGUCCAGCUGGUGAUUGAGUACUGCGACAAGGGCUGUCUGAGGGAGGCGCUGGACGUGGGCGUGUUCUUCGGAUCCACGGGCCUGAACUACCCCGCCAUCCUGGACACGGCUGCUGACGUGGCCAAGGCGCUGCUGCACCUGCACUUCAACGACGUGCUGCACGGCGACCUCAAGGCCGACAACGUGAUGCUCAAGUCGUGCGGCGGCGUGGGGCGGGGCGUGCUAGCCAAGGUGGCGGACUUUGGUCUGGCGGUCAAGAUGGACACGAGCGACAAAACGCACAUGAGCGGCAUGUUCCAGGGCACCCCCACACACAUGGCUCCAGAGGUCAUGUUGCACGGGCAGGUCUCCAAGGCGGCGGACGUCUACGCCUUUGGCGUCACGCUAUGGGAGAUGUUCACGGGCGGGCACCCGUACAAGGGAGUGCCGGGCGCGCUGCUGGGCCACACCAUCAGCCGCGAGGGCAAGCGGCCCGUGUUCCCGCUGGGCACGCCCGCGGCCUUCAAGGACCUGGCGGAGAGGUGCUGGGCGCCGGACCCGGGGCAGCGGCCCUCGUUUGAGGAGAUCUUGUCCACGCUGACCGAGCUGCGGACGCAGCUGUCCGAGCCCACGCCGCCGCUCACCUACACGCCGCUCACGGCCGAGCAGCGCCGCGAGCAGCGCCGCCGCGAGCGCGAGGGCCCCGCCGCCUCGCUGCGGGCCAAGCUGAGUGAGGCCGCGCGCUCCUCCACGUCCGCGCCGUUGCCCAAGCUGCACCACCACUACCGCCGGAAGUCGGACACGAUCGAGGCGACGCCUGACGAGGACGGCACUAGCAGUGUGGAGGGCAAGGCCGCGCGGGAGGCCCAGGUCUCGCUGCUGGCAGCGGUGCGGCAAGGGUCCCACAGCAGCGGCGGCGACGGCGCCAAGCCGCGGAGCUGCUCGCGCAGCGGGAGCGGCAGCGGCGGCACCAGCCACCACCACCAGCACCGCCGCAGCAGGUCGAGGUCUAGAAAGGCAGACGACACGAUUAUCAUGGUGGGCAACAGGAAUGUGUCCCUGUCGAACGCCAUCACAUCCAAGUCUGUUGUGUUGGAGCCAAUCUGCGAGGCGCGCAAUGAGGGCGACGCCGAUGCGCCAGUCAGCUACGAGCCCUGAGCCGUGGAGGCGUGAACAGCGGUUGGGGUGGUGGAAGGCGCUCAGGGGAAGGACGGACUUGCGCUGCAGGGCAACAAUGCAGCAUGGCAGCUGCUGCUGCCGCUGCUGCUGUGCCGGCCUUGGCCCCGCUGCGGGGCGGCACCGCUGCGGGCGGCGUCUGUUUGCAGCCCUCGUGUUACGUUGGGGCUGUGGCUGGGCUGGGCUGGGCUCGGCUAAGCUGGGCAGGGCUGGAGCUGGAGCUGGGGCCACUGCGACACUCAGCGUCCGCUCGUGAGCCAGUGCCGGUGCGCUGCUGGUCAGGGCAAGAUCGCAUAGCCGGGUGAUACCGAAUGCAUGCAUAGGCACUGGGAUGCACGAGACGCUUUGAUGCGCCGUCGCACCGCCACCGUUUGCCCCCCGGCCCCACGCGAAGCACCGGCUCGCUGCGGGCCAAUUAGCUCUGAAUGCGCGCAAGUGGAUGACAUUACAUCGUUAGGUCCGCGGACAGGGGUGUGUCGGCUGUGUUGCAGGAUGCUUUGGAGAUCGUGUGCACUAUCAACACUGUUAUGGUAAAAUUCGCACCGGUAUCGCACGUGCGCUUGGACGGAGAUUCUUGCAGCGGCUGCGGGUUGAGCGGCUGUGGCCUGUACGUGCUUGGCGGACGCGGUGCGCCCGCCCACACAUGCGGUACAUGGCUGGGAGAGGGAUGGGCCGGCAUGCGGCACUUGUGGGUGUUUAUUCGGCGCCUGGAGUGGAGGCGGUCCUAGAGGUGGAGGCGGUAUUUGCAGCAUCUCAAAUGCGGCAAGGCUUAUGUGGGUAGAGACGCGGUGAUGGGUGUGGGGCCAUGGGGUAUAGGAAGGGGGAGAUCAAAACCAUUGAAUGAGAGAUGCACCCAACGGCUGAGGCCACGUGGAGGAGGUGAGCGCGGCGCCGCCCAAGACGCGGCGCCGGCGCGCAGGCUGAGGCCCGGCCGGUGUCUGGUGAGCAGCCUUUGCUGGCGAGCACAGCAUGGCACGGUGUGGGGUAUGAUUCAUUCCUGUUGCUGUUGCUGUUUUUUGGUUGUGUGGUUUGGUGCGUGUACAACCCGACCCCGCCUAUGUCCGGGAGAUGAGGUACACGCUUGUGGCCUGUGACGGGGGACGUGGCGUGGGCGCAGUCCACUUGUCCUUGGCGAGGGGAAUUCACGUGUGUGUCCACCCAACGGCUGAGGGAUGGUUGCGACAUUUGUAUCCAGAGCCCCCGCAGAGGGGCCGCAGCGAUUCAUGUGUGUAGUUGUAGCGGACAACUGGAAUUGGGUGGUCAGGUCCAUGACACAGGCAUGGGUGGACUCGACACCGCAAGAGAAUUGCAUGUGCAUGCGAACCAGUGUGUCCGGCCGCGCAACGCAGGGCAGGUCGCGGAGUCGCGUGCUACUGGACGGAUGCAUGCGGAGUUGCAUGGAUCAGAGGAUUUGACGGUCCCCUCGCUGCCACCUAUGGCCUGGAAGCGAUAGCGUAAGGGCGCAAUACUGCAAGUGUGUGUGGACGGAUUGUAGAUUUGAGGGCGUGUGCGAAGUUGCACACUGCACGCAAAAGACCUGCCCUCCGGGAGUGUGCACGGGUAGGCGGUGGGGCAGAGGCACACUAUGGAAAGGUGUUAUGCCGUUGGAGAAUUAUGGGGCUUUCGGUGCGCGCUGGCACAAAUUGGAGGUGACUGCGCACCACAAAUUGAAUGGCUUGAAUGUGCGAGAGCCUAUUGUCACAAUGCGGUGCAGUCGGCCGUUUGUCGCACGUGCUCGCAGAAUGUGCUUUUGCAUAACACACGGCCAUGGCAUGGCGGACGCAGCUGGUUUGGAAACGUGUGGGGCGCGAAGUAGUCUCAUUCAUUUGCGGCGGCAAAGCGCAAGUGGCUGCAUGAGCUUGUGUGAGGAUGGGGUGUCGAGCGGGGGCUGGCACGAGCGUGCGUGCUGCUGCUUGGGGAGGAAUGAGCAUGCGUAUGUAGUUACAAGGUGGUGCGCAAAAUCUUUGCGUGCCUUCCUGCCUCAUGGAAGCCGGCGACGUAAGGAUCAAUCAUCACACCAGGAAUAAGCUAAUAAGGCUGCGGUGUGUCAGUGUGUGUGCGUGUGUAGUAAUACAGUGACGGCUAGCCUCGGACCCCCGUGCCUGGUGGCCUUUCCCAUUGGCGCCCGCUGGCAUGGACUUGUUUGUCUGUACCUUGCCCGCGGUCCUUGCCCGCGGUCGGAGGCGGUAUGCCCGCGGGCCAG